AUGCUGGGACGCAUAAGUCGAUCUUUUACGGCUAAAGUCCAUGACUUUACAGGCCAUCCUGACUUGAAAAAGCUUGGAAUCGUGAACAGGCACAUUUACCGCAACCUCAUGGUUCCUGAAUAUUAUGAGAUGUGCUUAGGUAAAGAGCCAGCAAAUCCAUAUACUCUUCCAACUACUAUGUCUAGCACAGGAGCUCUUUGUGCUUAUUCAGCAUCAGCAACUGGGCGUUCACCAAAGGAAAAGCGUGUUGUCAAAGAAGAGACCACAGAAAAAGACAUUUGGUGGGGAAAGGUCAACAUCCCUCUGUCUGAAGCUUCAUAUGAGAUUAACAAGCAGAGAGCUAUUGACUAUUUAAACAAUAGACCAUACCUCUAUGUGGUUGAUGGAUACAUUGGUUGGGAUCCAAAAUACAGACUUAAGGUCAGAAUUAUCUGCACAAGAGCUUACCAUGCCCUUUUCAUGCACAACAUGCUGAUCCGCCCAACUGAAGAAGAGCUUGCUAACUCCUCCUCCGUGAGAGAACAAAAUCACCCUCAAUGAGCAAACAAAAUUAUGAAAAUUUUUUAUAUAAAUAUAAUAAAAGCUCUACCUAAUUCUGUUUAAUUUUCAGCAUCUUCCAUAUUUAAACAUAAAUUUACAAUUAAAUUAAUAUUAACUAUUUCGAAUCGUUUUUUUUAUUUCGAAAUUAACGCCAGGAGUGAACAAAAUUUUUUAUUUGCUCAGAGGGGAAUAAGGACUUCGAUCAUAUCGAUUACCACGUCCUAAAUGCAGGAGAAUUCCCAGCUGACACCCAUGUUGAAGGUGUCACCUCACAGACUUCCGUUAAUGUCAAUUUCAAAGACCAAAAAUUGGUUAUCCUUGGAAGCCAAUAUGCUGGUGAAAUGAAGAAGGGUCUAUUUGGAGUUAUGCACUAUGUGAUGCCAAAGAAAUACGGAGUUGUUUCCCUCCACGCUUCAGCUAAUGAAGGACCAAAAGGUGAUACAACUUUGUUAUUCGGACUUUCAGGAACAGGAAAAACCACCCUCAGUGCCGACCCACACAGAAGACUUAUUGGAGAUGACGAGCACUGUUGGACUGACGAAGGAAUUUUCAACAUCGAAGGAGGUUGCUAUGCAAAAUGCAUCUUUUUAAGCAGAGAAAAAGAGCCAGAAAUCUAUGAUGCUGUUAGGUUCGGGUCUGUUCUUGAAAACGUCUGCUUCAGACAAGGCACUAGAGAAGUUGACUUUUCUAAUGUCUCAUUGACAGAAAAUACAAGACUUUCCUACCCUCUUGAGUUCAUUCCUAACGUAAAACUUCCAGCUAUUGGAGGACAUCCAAAGAAUGUCAUUUUCUUGACUUGUGAUGCCUCAGGAGUACUUCCACCAGUCUCUAAAUUGACACCAGAACAAUCUAUGUACCACUUCAUCAGUGGAUAUACUGCUAAAGUUGCAGGAACUGAAGUCGGAAUUAAAGACCCUGAAUCAACCUUUUCAGCUUGCUUUGGAGAAGCUUUCUUACCACUUCACCCAUCUGUAUACGCUGAAUUGCUUGCUUCUAAAUUAAGAAAGCACGGUGCCACAACUUGGCUCAUUAACACUGGCUGGUCUGGUGGAAAAUACGGAGUUGGCAAGAGAAUGGAUCUUAAAGUCACAAGAAGAAUUCUUGACGCCAUCCAUGCUGGAGAACUUGACAAUGUUCCAACAUCACCUCUCCCUAUCUUUGGACUCCAUGUCCCUCAAAGUUGCCCAGGCGUUGAUCCACAUAUUCUUACUCCAAAGAAUACUUGGGCAAAUAAAGACGAAUAUGACCAAACCUUGAAGAAACUUGCAGGCCAAUUUGUCGAAAACUUCAAGAAAUACGAAGCUGGAUCUUCUAAAGAAACUAAAGCUGCAGGUCCAAAAAUAUAA